CCCUCACUUCCUCCUCACCCCCAACUUAAAAGAAAGCCAUGGCCAGCCAGAGUCGUCCUGCACAUGUACGCAUAGUCUCGCCCAGCGCUUUUCCGCUGGAUCCGCGUCACGAGCAAACUCGCACCCCUAUACAAGGCAUUCUCCGCCAAGGUCGCGUCUUUUCCAAAGAGCGGAGCGCAAGCUGCCUCUUGCGUCUCCCCGACGAGAUCUUGUGGGUCAUCAUAGGCUUCGUCGCCGAGGAGUAUCACGGUCGCUCUCUGUCCCAGUUUGCUCUGACACACAGCGAAUGCAGACAACUUGCGCGUCCGUACCAAUUUGCCGAUGUCUGGAUCACACGCAGCGAGAUCUCUUGGGGGUUCCUGCGUUACCUCAAGAACGAAGAGGCGGGUGUUGACACACCCUCCAUCGGCUGUCUCAUCCGCUCCUUGACUUUCACCAUUGACGCCGAUUUUCAAAGCUACUACGCCCCCUGUGGCUAUGACAAGAAACUUGACGAGUGGAGUGAGUAUUGGGGGCCGAUGGUGGAAGACCUUGCAGAGGCAAUACGACACAAGACGCCCAUGCUCGACCAGAUUUAUUGGAUGGAUACGGGUGGGCUUGACAUGAGCGAGAAUCUAUUCGCCGCUGUGGUUGGGCAUGCGACUCCUUCGGGUCAUUUGAGGAGACUCUACUUGGAAGAUCAUGAGAUCAGUUACUGCAAGGAUUCUGACGGUUUUCUCGAUUACCGUCCCCCAAAGCCAUUCCCAACUUCUCCCACUCUCCCGCUCAGAGACCUGGCCUUUGGCUUCAGCCGCCUCGACGAGUGUUGGAACGAUUUUUGCGGCGAGUCAUCCAGGAUCGUCGAAACGUUUCUGCGAAGAUCCGCAAAGACCCUAGAAUCUUUCGCGCUCAAUGCAUUCCUCGACAUCGGUCCGGACACGAGGGCAGACUUUCGAAUGACCGGUUUUCGGAACGGGUGCAUUUUCUUCAACAAGCUGCGCAAGUUUUGGACAUACACCGAAAAUCUAGACAAUCUUUACCCCGAUGUGGUGGAAUCCUUGUUAUCGGCGCCUCUGGAGAGCUUCGCCCCGUCCGCCGAGCUCUGCUCGAUUAUGACAGCAAACGGUCUCCUCGAGAGGUACCCCCUGCCCCAGCUUCGGACAUUUGCAGUGACGGCUGCGCCCAGCGGCUUGAACCCAUUUGACACACCGCAAUAUGUCGACGAGGUCCUUCGGCUCGGGCGGUCUUACGGCCCACAGCUGCAUGAGCUUUUCAUCUACGUCCGGGGGUACGACCGCAACGAGUACGACGACAACGAGAACAAUACCAGUGUAGGCAUUCUAGUCGCACACUUAUCCAGCGGCAGUUUUGAUAACUUACGGUCGUUGUGCUUCUCUUGGGCCAUUGAUCCCGAACUGGAGACUUUGCGCACCAUUGGUUGCCACCUCUUGGCCUUGGAGGAGCUGUCGUUUGGCUUUCAGCCCGAUGAAGCCAAGACGUUUGCAACGUUGAGGGACGAGUGGCGGUUUCCCUGGCACACCACAUCCUCGCCAGACCACGGUGACUUCAUCGCCGCCAUCGCCCCUCUGCAGCGUCUGGAGAGGCUCUGUGUCUUUGGCGACGAGUUUGUCGCGGACUGGGCCGGCGACGGCUGGGCCUGGCAUCGGUUCUUUAAAGACCACGUCUGGUUUCAUCAGGGGCGGAGCUUUGUCCACCGCGAGAGGGGGAAACAGGGAGAAGGGCAAGACUGGUCCGAGGCCACGCGCGGACACACCCGCACUGGCGACAAGGUGGAGGACUGGCUCACGCCCUGGGUGACCGGCAAGGAGAGCGUAGAAGAGGGCCGCCAAGCCGUCGGAGAGAUAGCCGCUCGAUAUGCAGACGUGUUGCCCCAGUUGCGGGAAUUCAUGGCGGGUAGAGUAUUGGUGGAGAUUUCACGUGAAUGAGCGUUGCAAUGAAGAUGAAAGGUCCAAGCACAUGGAGUUGGGAAGACUUGGCUGUGCCUCAAACUCAAGUAUUGUGUGGCAGGCCAGUGACUGCCCUGCUUGGUCAGGCUGCACAUUCGGCCUUGAAAAGGCAGCAUCUUCGCGGCAUCGCGUUCUGCCU